AUGCGAACAAGCUCUGUGCUCCCAAAUCGUGAAGCUUCAAGAAAACAUUGGUUGACAUUGUCUGUACCACCCUCAACCAGCAUGCCCAGCAAUCCUUGGAUAGCAAUUGCUGAUAUACCAGAUGCCCAACCAGGAUCAAAUGAACUAGAGAAAAGUGUAAUUGGGAAGCAAGCUGCAUCAAAUGCUUCCGUAAAAUCCUUCCCCGUAAGAUGGUUGCCAGCAAGAUCUAGAAAGGUCUUGAAAGCUGAUAAUUGUAGCUGGAUCUCGAUCGCAGAGUUGCGGCCCACUCUGUCUCUAUUUCCCUGGCAACAAGAGUGGAAACUUGUACAUUUAAGGGCCCAAUCAGUGAAUUUCUGGACCUUGGCACCAGCUUCUGCCUUCAGAACUUCAUCUCCAUUGCAUUCUUGUAGUCAUUCGUGCAACCUGCUAAGUUGGGAUGGAAAGUUCUGA